AUGGAAUGGCUGAACGAGGAGUGGCAGCAAGAGGAGGACUCCGACAACGACAUGCACGCAGUACAAGCUCUUCACCACCACAAUAGCAAUAGCCCGCAUCACCACCAUGGGGCCAGCUUUGGCAACGGUUCUGUAGCGCUGGAUCGCCGCAGCAUUGCCGGCAGCAGCACCAGCAACGGACCCGCGCCCAGCACCAACAACUUCCGAAGCUCUUACGACGGCUAUCGCGAUGCGCCUCCGCCCACCUCGCCGCCGCCGCCGCCGCCGCUUGUUCCCUACAGCCAGUCCAGCCCCAGCGUCGUCUCCAGCCUCAACUAUUCAGCUCUUCCCAGUGGUUGGAGUCCGCUGUAUCGACAGCCCUUGUCUCCGCCGUCCCAGGGCCAGGUAGCCACCGCGAUUACCCGCGAUGCUGGCAGCAGCAGCCGCAAUGAGCUCGCCCGCCGUCUGACAUUCCUCGCGCAGCGCCUCACAUGUGGUGGCGACGUCGAUGAGCUGGCUCUCGCUGGGCAGCUCGAACAGAUGGAAAAGGCCGUCAGCCCGCCGUCCUCACCAAAUCCGCGACGGCGACAGCUAUCGCCGCAGCAACAGCAACGGCAGGGUCCAGCCAACAGACCGUUAGAUCCUCAGACGCCCGGGUCGCCACCGCCCAGGAGCGACACCGACUCUGUGCUUGGCUCCCCGCUGUCGAUGAUUCGAUCGCAGUUUUCCGACUUAUCACUGGCAUCUAUGCGCGAACGCGAACGGGAGCGCGAGCAGGAGCGCGUCGCCGAGGAAGAGCGGGAAUCACGCGCGCGGACUGGCAUCGCCGAGGCGCAAGCCAAGCAGCUCAUUACCGAGGCCAACAAGCUCAAUGAGGAGCUGUCGCAGGUCGCUGAGAACCUCAAAGCGAGGCAGGAAGAGAUGGAGCACAUCAACAACCUCCUCAUCGAGCGUGCCGAGAGAGCGGCGGAGCGCAUCGUCUUUUUGCAGAACCGCGUCUCCUACCUGGAGCAGGAGCUCGACGAUAACGAUGACGAGCUCCAGCACCUGCGCAUCUGUCUCAAGGCUGUCGAGGUCCAGCUGCCGCCCAACCCUGACCUGGAGCUCCAGCGCUGCAUCAACGUCUUCAAGGAGGAUUUCCGCGAGCUUAAACGAAACCGCGCCAACCGCUGCGCCAGCGUCGCCUCGUCCCAAAACUUUUUUGCCUCGACGCCUGCGACGCCCAAUCCCGGGCCCAAACGCGCCGCCUCUUACAACAUGUAUACGACACCACCAUCACGAAAUGAUAUGAGAUGA